ACACUGCUCCCUGAUCCGGGUAAUGGACCUCUAUUGUAGAAAUAUCCUGAUCCAAACGGCACAUAGGGUUUUAUGCAGUUCUAUAAUACCGAAAACUCCGCCCUAAGUUCUUAAUUAGAGUCACCGUCUCCUUUGCGAUUCUAUAAUUUACGAGGUUUGUAGUAUUCAAUUCUCCCUUCGUCUUCAUCCUCCGUGCGCUCUUGUAACUGUGACAAUGGUGGAAUCUCUCUUUGAAGAUAUCUUCAGGAUUGAGAAAUUAAACCCUGACGAUAAAAAAUUGUUCGAAAAAGUUAACCGAAUCGAAGCCAGAAGCGAGAAAUUCGAUAUGUUUAUGCAACUAGAUAUCAAUUCUGAGUUGUAUCCUUUGAAGGCUGGACAAAAGUUUACUCUUGUUUUGGCUCCAACACUUAAUCCAGAUGGCACCCCAGACACUGGCUACUAUAAUCCGGGAAAUCGGCAAUCAAUUGCUGAUGACUAUGAAUACGUCAUGUAUGGCAAGCUCUACAGAGUAACCGAGGGUUCUGGUCGUGAAAAAGCGGAGUUAUAUAUAUCAUUUGGUGGGCUUCUGAUGUUGCUUAGGGGAGAUCACUCUCAUUGCAACAAGUUUGAGCUUGAUCAAAGGUUGUACCUUUUGAUGAGGAAAGUUUGAAGAUUAAGUUAAAAACAAGGAUGAAGAAAGCUUGUCUCUAACAUCAAUGUUUGAUAUACUGUUUUGUCGUAUAUACUAAUGCGGUCUUCACGACCUGAUGUUUUAAAAACAAGAAUUUGGUAAACCUUGAAGUAACUUCUGGUUGAAUUUAUUUACAAAAUUGUAUUGUAAUUUACCCAUAUAGUUGGGUUAGAUAACAGACCAAGGGUUGCAGCAUGACUAUUAUUUAGCUUGGAAUUAGUUUUUAUUAAAUAAAAUUUAGUUAAAGUUAAUCUA